CUUGCUGGGAAACUGAGAGACUCUGGUCAGGCCCCCUGCCUCCCUCCCUCCACCCCUUCUUCCUGUUCUCCUCCCUCUUAUCUACUCCUGUGGGGUCAGUAGCUCCAAGUCAGCUCCUCCCAGACCUCUCUGCUCCAGCCCCACCUCUCUCAGAGGAUAGCAGGGAAGGUGAGAACCUGGGGCCUUCAUUUGUGCUUCUGCGAAGAAGUCCAAAGUCUCUUCCUCCCUCCUGAAGAGCUGUCCAUCUUCAUUCUUUCACCUCAGAGGGCCCAGGAAAGAUGACCCAAACCACGGUGACAGUGAAUGGAGCUGAAGUGGCCUCCGCACUCCCUCAGUCCACCCACAUCAACGUCCACAUCCACCACCAAUCAGCUUUGGAGCAGCUGCUGAGAGCCAUAGGCUCCCCAAAGAAGUUUUUCUCCUGCCUUCAGGACACUGGACCCUCCAAGGCCAGCAUCCACCAUGGGCAGCUGGCUCUAGGGGUGACCCAGAUAUUGCUGGGGUUUGUGAGCUGUGUUCUUGGGGUGUGUAUCUACUUUGGGCCCUGGACUGGGCUGUGUGCCUCUGGCUGUGCCUUCUGGUCAGGGUCUGUGGCAAUUGUAGCCGGAGCUGCCACCAUUGUCCAUGAGAAGCGACGGGGAAAACUGUCCGGCCACAUAUCCUGUCUGCUCAUCCUGGCUUGCAUUGCUACAGCUGUGGCUGCUACCGUUCUGGGUGUGAACAGCUUAAUCUGGCAGACGAGUGCUUCCUACUAUUUCAAGAUCAGUUCCACGUGUGACCCCUUACAAUCUAGCAUGGGCAGUGGGUAUGGGAUAACGCGAUACACCAGCAGCUCAGACUGGAGGAUAGAGAGGUGCCAAUCCUACCUGAACAUAAUGAUGAACUUGUUCCUAGCAUUCUGCAUCAUGUUCACAAUUGUCUGUAUCCUGAAGAUUGUUGUGUCUUUGGCUUCCCUGGGACUGAGUCUCCGAAGUAUGUGUGGCCAGAGCUCCCAGGCCCUGGAUGAGGAAGAGACAGAGAAGAAGCUUCUUGGGGGAGAUUCAACACCUCCCUCCCCAAGCAAGGAAAUUCCUGUUAUCCUGUGAGCAGCUGCAAAGCUCCUGCCGGAGCUCACAUGUGUCCCUGAACAGAGGAAUCCAGGGAGAGCAGCAACUGUUCCCAGGGCCUCUGCUGGGCCCACAGCACACACCUCCUUCUGUUGUAGCCACUACCCAGCCCUCUUUCUUCCUCUCUCCCUACCGUCCUCCCUCCACCGUCCUCCCUCCAACGUCCCAAUGCUAAU